AUGAGCUACUUGGUCUCUGCUAUCUGUACUGAAUUGACGGCCUGGAAUAGCACCUGGAAGAUGGAUCACUGGAAUGAGGAGUUAGCCGUUCCUUUCUCAUACUGGCUUAUCCAGAAUCUACCUAUUUCUUGUGCUAUGAAAGCCCGACUGCUGAACCUUGAUCAUGUGGUGCAGCGCCUCCGCGCUUUACUCAGCAUUAUUAAGCAGGUAUUGGUCCGUGGUUGA